CUUCUUCAUCUCCAUUGAAGCAGGACGACCAAGAGUUAGAAGUAGAAUACUUGUCAGGAUGACUGGCGUCGGCAUCGACGGCAUAGAGAGGUUUCAAAGCCCGGACAAGGGGCGAGGCCUACGGGUAACCAGAGCCUUCCACGUCGGGGAGAUUCUCUUCUCCUGCCCGCCAUACAGCUAUGUCCUCUCGGCCCAAGAGAGGGGGGCCUACUGCGAGUUCUGCUUCAGCAGGAAGGAGAGCCUGGCGAGAUGUGGCAAAUGCAAGAAAGCCUACUACUGCAAUGUCGCGUGUCAGAAGGGUGACUGGGCGGUGCACAAACUGGAAUGCUCGGCGAUGGUGGCCUUCGGGGAGAAAUGGUGCCCGUCGGAAAGCAGUCGCUUGGUGGCCCGAAUCCUGGCCACGAAGAAAACACAGAAAGAAAGAAGUGCGUCCGAGAAGAUCUUACUAGUUGCAGAUAUGCAGUCACACGUGGAGGAUGUGGACAACGAGAAACGAGACAACAUCCAGGCGGACGCAGCUGGCCUACAUCGCUUUUACUCCAAAGAUAUGGACUUUCCCGACUCCAAAGAACUGCUUUCGCUAUUCUCACAGGUAUCCUGUAAUGGCUUCACUAUCGAGGACGAAGAACUGUCCCACAUAGGCACCGCAGUCUACCCAGACGUAGCGCUGAUCAACCACAGUUGUGUUCCGAGCGUGAUUGUGACGUUCAAGGGCCCGAAUGCUGAGGUGCGGGCCGUCAAGGACAUGAAGGCAGGAGACGAAGUGUUGAUCAGUUACAUCGACCUGCUCUACCCGACAGACGACCGCAAUGGCAGGCUCAGGGAGUCCUACUACUUCAAUUGUGACUGUGCGGAGUGUCACACUAGGUCCAAAGACAAGCUGAAGCUAAAAGUGCGCGAGCGUGUCAAGCCAGUGGAGGCUGAGGCGGUGACCGCCAUGCUGCGCUACGCCCGCAAAACCAUAAGGGACUUCCGCGAACUGAAACAUCUCAAAACCCCUAGCGAGCUUCUGGAGAUUUGCGAGCAGAGCCUGGAGGAGAUGGGCGGCGUGCUGGAUGCGGCCAACGUCUACGUGCUACAUGUAAACUACCAGGCGAUGGGUGUGUGCGUCUACCUGGGAAACCUCCACGAUGCCGUGCGCUAUGGAGAGAAGCUACUUCAACCCUUCAGCCAGCUGUAUCCGGCCUACUCGCUGAACGUCUCGUCUUUGUACCUGAAGCUCUACCGACUCUACUUGGCCUUGGACGAACGUUCGGCUGGCAUAAACGCGCUCAAGAAGGCUAUGAGCAUCAUGGAAGUGACCCACGGGAAAGAUCAUCCCUACGUUCGAGAGCUGCGCAAACAACUCAAGGAAACUUAAAAGGAAUAAAUUGCGACCUUGACUUUAGAGUUGGAUUUGUCCCGUGACUAAGCUCGUACGGCGGCGCCUUGAGAUACGAGCCGCGUGUGAGCUUUCAGAGAUACGGAGCCGUUGUACGGCUUAUUAUUUUUGUUUACGGUAGAAGUUCUGUGUGGCAGAAGCGAACUCAAAUCUCCACCCCAAUUAGCAGUUCGAUAGAUUGUGUGCAUUUUUUCUUUGUCGUUGCGACUGCUACAUUGCUAGACAUGCUAAACGUGGCUUGUUCAUUUUGGAAAGUUGUCAAACAAAAAUUCAGACUUUAAAAUUUGUUUUUUUUUCUUAAAAGGAGUGCUGAACAACUUACGAAACGACCCGGUCAGGUGACGACGGCUUUGACACGACGCUGAAGUUGGCUCCUGUUCAUUCACUUUGCAUUUUACCUGAAAAGAACGCAAUUGUGCUUUCCUUCCAAUAGAUGGCAGUGUUUCCCCACAGUAUUGCAUGAAUGAAGACGCUUGUUUUUCUUACUUCUCAACGUUCCCCCCUUUGGCACAAAAGUAAAAUGACGCUGUGUUUUCCACCAGUUUCACACAACCAGCCUUAAAUGAGACCCAUUGUGAAAAAUCUGAUUGGUAAAAAAAGGACAUUUUGUUUGAAAUGUCCUUCAUAGCUAUUUUAACUGGAGUGGCGACGCUCGCUUCGAGUCAAGUAAAUUGCUUGCACGUGUGCGUGCGUGACGCGUGAGCGCGUGCACGGAAGAAAGACAAGUUGCGAACUAAUCAUUUAAAAUGUAAUUAGAGGCAUCAGAUUUCAAAAGAUCAUUUUAAUAAUAUUCUCCAGUUUUAACAUUGGCCUAUAUGAGGAAAAAGUGUUUCUGUUGAGUUGUAAUGCAUUUUAAAAUGUUUUUCUACACGUUGCCAAGUCAAGUGAGUUCCCUCCACACAUAAAAUACUUAGUUGACACCCUAAUACAGAAAAUAAGACUUUAUUGCAUUACAAGCAAGUACACGUUUUCGGGGAAGGACGAGAAGAAAGCAGUGAAAACACAUAUACAAAACAUAUGUACACGCACCAAGACAAAAGGGGGAUUAAAUAGGAACAAACAGUGGAAUGCCACGUGACAAACGAGUGCAAUAAAAUACUUGAAAGAGCAGGAAGCUUAUACGGACAAGGAUUGAUAUAUUUAUGUUUAUAUAUACAUUCAAAUAUAUAUUUAAGAAAAACGCAUGCAUAGUUGAACAGGUUGCGGUAUUUUUGAUAGUACCAAGUCAUGAACGAUUAACAAAUUUUCACACAAUACAUGUGUCUGUACAAAUAAAAAUGUUAUUUUAUAAACAUGUGGAAGGAUAAAUACUGACUCCAGAGAUUUCAAUUAGGAUAGGUGUGGAGCUCUCCAUUUAAGGCACAAUGUUAUGCUAUUUACAAUGUGUGUGUGUGUGUGUGGGGGGGGGGUGAAUUCAAUGGACUCCUUGUACUUUUGGGAGGUUUCUAACCAAUUGUUGAAUUGUUUACACCAAUAGCCCACCAAAAAACAAAUAAAUUUAGAGGAACUGCUAUGAUGCUCAUGAUUUAUCAUGCGAAAAAUAUUCACAGAGAUUCACCUUUUUCCAUAUUUACCCUUUGGAUAGUCUGCUGGUGUGGCCGCUUAAGAGCGCCUCGUUGUUGGCUGUGAGUGCAUGCGUAAGAGCAGCCGAUGGGUCAAAUUUACAAUACAUUUAUUUUCACUUUACAGGGACUUGAAUAGAUUUGAAACAUUUUCAAAAUAACAUUGGGCCUGUUUGCUAUUGAGUAUUGUAUGUAGUACGGAAUUUUGA